AUGUGCGUGCGCCAGCGGCUAGACACCUGCGACGACGACCACGUGGCAGUGACCUUUGAGCUGGUGCACUCGGACCUCGUCUCCAGGCUGCACGGAAGCUGGGCCUUCCGAUUGGAGCAGCCCGUCGAAACCGACGCCAGCGACUCGCGGCCGCUCACGCAAGUGCACUACCGCUUCGCGAUGUGGCCGAAAGGCGUGCCGUACGCGCUGCAGUGCCUGCCGGGGCUGAUGGACGCGGUGCGGGCGGCGGUGGCGCGGGAGGCGGUGCAGCUUUUGGACAAACUGGCUUUCGUGGCUGAGCAGGUCACCCACCCUGGCGUUUCAGUAGCAGCGGCCCUCCAAACGGCAGCCAGGGAGGUCGACCGCGCGGGGUCGUUCAAGCUGCUGCAGCAGGCGCGCGUCGCGCCCUGCGGGCCCCAGGAUGACGCCGACCAGCAGCAGCAGCAGCAGCAGCAGCAGCAGCAGCAGCAGCAGCACCAGCAGCGGUGGCAGGCCGCCGGCGUCAGCACGCACGGCGGCCUCGACGCGUGCGCCCGCGGCGCGGCGGCGGCGGCGGCAGCAGUGGCGGCGGAGAGCGAGGGCUACCUCAGUGAUUCGGAGGCGGGCGGCGGCGGCAGCAGCUGCGUCAGCACGAGCAGCGGCAGUCGCGGGGUCGGCGGCCCGCGGGCCUCUGAGGAUGGCAGCUGCAGCUGGGGCGGCGCCAGCGUGGGCGAGGACGACGGGGCGGCCGGGGACAAGGCAGCGGCCAGGGACCAGGCCAGCGGCGCUGGAAAGGCGCCGCUGUCCUGCAAGGCGGCGGGCUGA